AUGAAACACAAGCGGAACCUCGAGAGCGCUAGAAAGAGAGAGAGCGAGCUGGACGAGGUGGCGGCGACGAAUCGCGAAUGCGGCUACUCGAAACGCAUUCGAUUUGGCAUAUCGCCGCCGGCGGAUCAGUUUCUCUCGAUCGACUCGAUAUCGGGAACCGUGUGCAUUUCGAAACAAUUUGAUUAUGAGACGACGAAAUCGUUCCAGGCGACCGUGACCGCGACGAAUUCGAAUGCCGAAUCAUCGACGUCGCUCAUUGCGAUCAAACUCACUGAUGUCAAUGAUAACUGGCCCGUCUUCUAUCCGAACGAGUAUCAGCUAACGGUGCGCGAAGGCGCGAUGCCGACCGAGGCGCUUCUUGUCGUGUCGGCGACGGAUGAUGACGAUGGGCUUCUUGGCGACGUCGCUUAUCAGAUUGUCAGCGAGAGUCGAAGUUUCGCGAUCGACUCGAAAAGCGGCGAGAUAUUUGCAAAGAGGGAUCUGACGAAGGGAAGGUAUCAUCUGGUGGUGUCGGCGAAAGACGGGCAAGGAUUGGCGGCCGAGUAUCCGGCGAAUGUGCACAUCACGGUUGUUGGGCCGGAAGCGAGAACGCCGGAAUUUAGUCGAACGAAAUAUGUGAUCCGAACGACGGAGGACAUCCUUCCCGGAAUUGCCAUCGGAUCGGUGGCAGCGGUUUCGGAAGGCCGCAUUCGGUACAGCAUCUAUUCGGGCGAUCCGCAGCAUCAGUUCUCGAUUGAUGAGGAGAGCGGCAAGAUUUUUGUGACGAGAGAUUUGGAUGCGGACGCGCAAGACUCGAUCCUUCUCAACGUCCAGGCGACCAUCGACGGCGGAUUCUCGAAUCAGACGCAAGUGUUGGUUGUCAUCGACGAUCACAACGAUAAUCCGCCGGUGUUCGCCAACUCGAUGAUUGAGAUUACUGUAGGAGAGGAUACGGUGGUCGACGAGCCGUUUUAUGUUGUUCAAGCGAGCGACAAGGAUAAGAAGAAUAAUGGCAGAAUCACCUAUUCAAUUAUUUCGACGCAUCCGACGAGCGCGAUCGCGAUCGAUUCGAUCAGCGGACAAAUCACGACGAGGAAGCCGUUCGACUAUGAAUCGGUUCGGGAUUUUCGCGUGCGAAUCAGGGCUCAGGAUGGCGGCAUUCCGCCGAAAUCGUCAAAUAUGACGCUGUUCGUUCACAUUGCUGACGUCAAUGACAAUUCGCCGGCAUUUGAUCGCAAAACGUAUCGAAUGGAGAUUGUGGAGAAUUCGCCGCCGAAAAGUUUGGUUGGCCGAGUGAUUGCUAGCGAUUUGGACAGCCACGAGAACGGCCACGUGGUUUAUCGGAUCACAAACGGAUCGGAGUAUUUUGGAAUUGACGAGAAGCUCGGAACGAUCUACACGAAACGAUCGUUGGAUCGCGAGGUGAUCUCGCAUGUCGACAUCACUGUGAGCGCCCACGAUCGCGGAUCACCGCCGAGAUCGUCGAGUGUCGACGUUCGCGUUGACGUGUUGGAUGUCAACGACAAUCCGCCGUCGUGUCAAUCGAUCACGCCGAUCGUUGUGCCCGAGAACGCGCCGCCAUCGCUGGCGAUCGGCACGAUUGUGGCGAGCGAUCCCGACAAGGGCCAAAACGGAAGUGUGCUCUAUCGCGCCCAACUUCAGCACUCAUUAUUUGUCGUCAAGGCGAAUGGCGAUGUCUACCUUCGACGACAGCUGAAUGCCUCCGAUGAGCAACUACAACGAUUGUCGGUGAUCGUAUCCGAUCAGGGGACGCCGAAGAAGAGCACCGUGUGCCAUGUUGGUGUGAGAGUCGCGAAAGGCGCCUCGAACAUUCGACUUUACGAACCGAUUCCGCGAAUGGUGGCGAUACCGUCGGAAUGCGUCGCCGGUUGCCGCCUCGCGUUCAUCAAUGCGACCGGCGUUGCGACGUGGCAAAUUCAGAGCUCGGAGAUUUCGAAUCAUUUCAGCCUACGCGACGGCGUGGUGGCGAUGAUGUCGUUGCCGGCGCAUCGGCCGCCGUACUCGUUGGUUGUGGUGUUGUCCGAUUCGCAGGGACGGCAAAAGUCGUUGCAUUUGAGAAUCACGUCGGAUUCGAGCGCCGCGCGUGACGAGGUCUUCAGAAUCGCCGAGACGACGUCGAUUGGCUCGAAGAUUGGCCGCCUCGGCGAGCGAUUGUUGGACGCGUUCUAUCGACGCGUCGAUGAAUGUCCGCUGGAGCUCGACGAGACGUCGGGAGCGUUGUACUUGGCCGAUGGGAUUCGCAGCAGUCGACGAGCCGACAACUACUCGUGCACAUUCGAGAAGUACAACACGACCGACGGCAGUGUCGAGGAGAUGCGCGUCGAUUUGGAAGUGGCGCGAGCGCGCAACGAUAAACCCGCGUUUGACGAUGAACAAGUGACGUUGAGCAUCGGCGAGGACACGCUUCCGGGAUCGAUCAUCUUCACGGCGAAUGCGACGAGUGUCGAGGACGGUCCGAUCAGCUAUCGAUUCGCGGGAGCGGUCGAGAAUUUUGCGAUCGAUCAAUUCACUGGCGACGUCUCACUCGUCGAUGCGCUUGAUUAUCGCAAGAAGGCGCAAUAUCAUAUUGUCAUCGAGGCAUUCACGACGAGUCGGCCCACUUCGAUGCUGCUUACUCUCAACGUCGAAGAAUCAUUGGGUGUGCGAGUGCCGAGAAUCAUCAGCCCUCCUUUGAUAUUGAUCUCAGCGGAAGUCCGAAAAGGGGCGAUUGUGCAUCGAGUGAUUGCUGAUGGCGCGGCGAGCUAUGAGAUCAACUCGGACGAUUCGGGAUUUGAAAUCGAUUCGGCCACCGGCGAAAUCAAUGUUGUGAAGACGACGGAGGUGUCGUCGGAGAUUGUGGUGCGCGCGCGGAACGCCGACAAAUUUGACGAGCAGAUUGUCGCGAUUCGAACGAUCAACGACACGUCGGCGAAUCAUUGGCACUUCUUCGAGCAGCAACAAUUAAAGGUUGAGAUGAAGGCGUCGCCGGCGGCGAAGAAUCAACCGAUUGCCUCGUUCCUGUGGCGAGGUGCUGAAUUGAGUUUGGUGCCGAAGAAUGACGCGAUGUUUGAACUCAAGGAUGGCUAUUUGAUCGCGAAAUCCGACAAUAUCCCACCGCAAUCGUAUCAUCUGACGGUUCUUGCCGAAUCCGAAGACGGCGGCGAAUUCGAUUGGUGUCAAGUCGAGAUCAAAGUGACGUCGUCCGAGAACACGGCGAAGCUCGCGUCGGGUUCGUGCGGAGCUAUGACGAUUGAGGAGAAUGCUGAUUAUCAUGGUCCGAUUAAACGAGUCAUUGCCAGCGGAGCGACGCCGAACGCCACGUUCAGAUUCCAGGGUGUCAAAGACGAGUUUACGAUCGACGCGAAGACCGGCGAGAUAUUCGCGAAGGCGUUGGAUCGCGAGCGAGCGCAAGAGCACCUACUAGUUGUGAUUUUGACGGAUACGCUUGGAAAUGAUUCGUGCACAAUUCGGGUUUCGGUAGCCGAUGUGAACGACAACCGGCCGAUAUUCGACGACGUCCCACAACAGUUGGAGAUCAAUGAGACGGCUCAAGUGGGCGAUGUGAUCUACCGAUUCUCGGCGUCCGAUAAGGACAUUGGGAAUAAUGGAAAGAUCUCGUUCGAGCUUCUCGAUGACCCGUCGCAAUCAUUGGAUGUGAUUCCCGAGACGGGAGCGCUCGUGUUUCGACGAUCGUCGUCGAACGAGAUGAAGGCGUGGAACAUUCGUGUCAAGGCUUUCGAUCAUGGCAAUCCGUCGCAAUCGAGCGAUCAGGUUAUUCAGAUUGUGAGCCGUGCGAGUCGCGCCGCCUCGCCGCCCACCUUCUUGCGUCAAUCAUACUUGGCGUCGGUUGAUGAAGGAAUGCCGCGUGGGCAGUUUGUCGCCAAAUUGGAAUCGUCGCUUGCCGAGGAUCACGGCAUCACGUACAGUAUUGUUGAGGGGAACGUCGACGCGGCGUUCAACAUUGAUUCCGAUGGGAUCAUUCGAACCAAUUUGGAAUUGGACCACGAGAUUUAUGAGCGCUACAAUCUGAAGGUGAUCGGAAUCGGGAAGCAGCAAAUCUCGACGAGAAUCGAUGUGAAAGUCAACAAUCUCAACGACAACAUCCCUUCAUUUCCGGUGUUCCAUCAGCGAAAAAUGUCGGAGGCGGCGCGGAUUGGGAGUUUUGUGGCGUCGAUUGCCGCCAAGGAUGUCGAUCAGCUGGCGCCACUGCAAUACUUUCUGCACGAGCCCGACGAGAAGUUCCAUUUGGAUCGGUUCACCGGCGUCGUUCAUUUGAUCGACGCGUUGGACUAUGAGACGAAGAAGGAGCACGUGCUGAAGUUGCGCGUCACCGAUGGCAUGUUUGACACUUAUUCGAAUCUGACGAUCAGCGUGAUUGAUGUGAACGACAAUCCGCCGGUGUUCGGCAAACCGAUGUAUGAGAUUCGGGUGGCGAAGCACACAUUCUCGUCGAGUGUACCGGUGGCGACGAUUGAGGCAAUGGAUCUUGACGCGACGUCGCGAAUCGUCUACACGGUGAAGCCUGGUGAUCUUCUAAGCAUCGAUGGGAAUGGCACUUUGUAUUUGGCAGAAGCUCGCGACGUCGUUGGAACAAUCACGGCAAGUGAUGGCGAGUUGACGUCGCACGCGCCGGUUGUCAUCAGAAUCGUCGAUGAUCAGAAGUUUGAGCCGAUCGUGUUCACGAGGAAUGUGUUCAGAUUCAAAGUUUUCGAGAAUUCGCCGAUCGGAAUGUCGAUUGGCAAUUUUUCGACGGAAAAUCGCGAGCGAUUCUAUCGGAUUUUGAGUCCGCAAGCGGCGAAAACGUUUGCGAUUGAUCGAUUCGGACGGAUUUUGAUUGAGGCGGAUGUCGAUCGCGAGACACGCGCGUUCUACGAGUUUCACGUCGAGACGAACAACGAGAAGUGUCGAGUUGAAAUCGAGAUUCUUGACGAGAACGACAAUUCGCCGAAAUUCGCGCAAGGCGUCGUGCACGUGAAUCUGAAGGACGGCAUGACGCACGGACAGAUUAUUGGAUCAUUGAUUGCCCAUGAUCCGGACGCGAUGGAGAACGGCCGACUCACGUAUCGAAUACUGACUGGCAAUGAUUAUGGGAUUGUGUCGAUCCAUCAGGAUUCGGGCGCGAUAGCGUUCAACGAAUGGAACGACGCGCAACUUUUCGAGCAGCCAAAUGCCACGUGGCGAAUGAUUGUCGAAGCCAGCGAUCACGGCAAUCCGAGUCUAUCGUCACUUGCCACCGUCAUUGUGUCGGUGAAGAUGUCCGCGUGGAGCGGAUCAGCUCCGUUCUUCGUGUUGCCCGCCUAUGAGAUUCAUGUGUUGGAAGGGACGCCGAUGAACACGAUGGUUCAGAAGGUGCGAGCCAGCAAUCGGCUCGGAUUGAAGAAUAGCGGAUUGAUGUAUUCGCUGAAGGACCACAACGGGAAGUUGUCGAUCGACGUUCUCACCGGCGAGAUUAAGCUGAAAACGCAUCUCGAUUGGGAAUCGGAACCGAUUCACUCGAUGCUUCUCUCGGUGUCUGACGGCAACGGUCGAUCGGCGGUGGUGCCGUUGCGAUUGAUCGUCGAGCCGAUCGAUGAAUUCGCGCCGGUGUUCACGCAGCCCGCGUACACGUUCAAAGUGCCGCUGUCGACCGAGCCCGGCGAGUCGAUCGGACAGAUUCGCGCGAUUGACGAGGACGGCGGUGUCCAUGGAAUCGUGCACUACUCGAUUCUCGAUCGACAAUCGACUGUUGAGAUUGAGAAGACGUCUGGAGUUAUCUACCUCCGAAAAAGUCUUGAGAAUCGCCGAAAUCUGACGAUUGAGCAGUUCAACGUCGCCGCUUUCAGUGGUCCGUUGAAACAGAGCAAGGCAACGGUGCGGCUCGAGAUUGGACCAUUUGAAUCGCAUUCGAGACUUCCGAAGAUUCUCGAAAUGCGGACGGUUCAGUUUGGCAUCGCGAUUCUCGUGCUGCUUGUCGGCGUUCUCAUCGUCACCAUCGGUUUGUGCAUGUGUCGAAGUCGUCGCGACGGGAAGGCGUCGAGAAGUGGCGGCGGCGGCGGCGGUGCAAUCAAAGUGGCCAACGUGUUCUCGGGACCGCCGAAGCCGCAGAAGCAGGUCUACUCGGUGCAGACGGGCGAGAUUCGCGUGCUGUCCGGCGACAUCGCCGCGUCGGAAUCGAUGCCGUCGACGACGUCGUCGUCGGACGCGCUUCGAGGCGGCGUCGCGAGAGGCUCGUCGCGAUCGCAAAUCGAUUCCGGCAUCGAUCCGGACAACAUCUCGGUGAGCUCGUCGGUCACCGAUUAUCUCGUGUCGCUCGGCGUCAACGCGAAUCCGAUACCGCCCAAAAUUCGACAAACGUGCACCUAUGAUUCGCUUAAAACGGCAUCGAUGAAUGAUUACAUCUACGCGAGAGUUGAGGACGUCCUUCCGCCGGGUCCGAUCAGCCUCACCAAUCCGCAUCAUCAUUCGCUUCUAAGGCAGCCGCUAUAUACGUCAGCUCAUCAGAAGCGUGCGCCGGUGGUGCCGUCGUUUGAGCCGCUCACAGAAAUCUUCAACGAGAUAAUCGAGAUGAAAAAGGAUGAGGAGGAGCAGCAGCGGAAGCGGCGAAAAGAGUAUGUGCAAGUGGAAAUUUAG